UCGUCUAAGUAUUGUUUGGACUUGGCUCCCAACGGCCUGAUUGAUCUUAACCGGGGCAACGCCAAGCUCCGUAGAUUGAACCACCUAAGGUCAAGUGGAAAGGUUAAGAAUAGGAGAGGAUUCUUUCUAGUAUUGCCAGAUUGAAGAUGUCGCAAUACUAUCCUCCUCCGCCAGGCAGUCAGAGCCAAGCGAGGACCUACGCUCCCCCGCCCCAGUCCCCUCCUGCGACCCAGACCAAGUUCUCCUAUCCAACACCGCCGGCGGCAGCUCAGCAGAAGAGCUAUCCUCCUCCGCCCGGCGCGGCUGGCACACCACCUCCCAAGACCACGGCACCGCUCUCUUACCCUCCUCCACCUCAACAACAGCAGCAGCAGCAGCAGCAGCAGCAGCAACGACAAUUCUCACCUCCCCCGCACCAAGCGAGCCUGCCACUACACCUACGAACGCCGUCGGUGGUGUCACAGGUGUCGUCGCAGCACUCCGAGCACCAGCAAUUCGCCCCUCCGCCCACGUACGCUGACGACGAUUCGCCCACCGACGAGUACCCGCCCGAGAAGCCAGAGGUCCUCGACACCAGCAACCCCGCCAACCUCGACGCCGGCGCCCCGCCGGCCGGCCACUUCGUCGGCGCGAGCGUGACCGUGGACGAUGUCGGCACCUUCAACGGCGGGAGCUACCGGAUCAGCCACCGGGACUGUAACACCAUCCUGACGAUCCAGCUCGCGGUGGGCUGCCCGCUGGAGGCGAAACCAGGCGUCAUGAUCGCCAUGUCCCCGACCAUCACCCUCCGGGGCGCGCUCAAGUUCUCGAUGAAGAAGCUCGUGGCGGGCGCGCAGAUGUCGACGUCGACCUACACGGGGCCCGGCGAGCUGCUGCUGGCGCCCGCGAUGCUGGGCGACAUCACGAGCCUCCGGCUGACGGGCAACGACCUGUGGUCCGUCGGGCAGGACGGCUUCCUCGCCUGCACGUCGGGCGUCACCAAGGAGUACAAGCGCCAGGGCAUCGGCAAGGCCAUGUUCAGCGGCGAGGGCCUCUACGUCUACAAGAUGGGCGGCGUCGGCCUGCUGUGGCUGACCAGCUUCGGCGCCAUCAUCCGGAAAGAUCUAGCCGACGGCGAGAAGUACAUCGUCGACAACGGCCAUCUGGUCGCGUGGAACACAAAGUACAUACUCGAGCGCGUGGCCUCGGGCGGCCUCAUCUCAGGCAUAUCAUCUGCCGAGGGCCUGGUCUGCAAGUUCACGGGGCCGGGGACUGUCUUUAUCCAGACGAGGAAUGCGAGAGCAUUCGGAGCCUUCAUGGCCGGGGCUACGAUGGGUAUAGCGUGAGAGAAGAAAAAUAACAGUCGGCAGACAAAGGGGGUAACGGAGACAGGAGGAGGCCGGGGCGGGGCGUGGCGUGGCGGAUGGUCCUGGGCUUUCACGAAGUUAUGUUUGGUCCUAUUUGUUAUCUUUCAUCUUUUUCUCUCUGGAAGGCCGGUGAAGCGCGCGUUUUGGUGGGAAACAACCUGCUAUUUUUGGAUAUUUGAAUCUUGUCACCACUUGAGUAAGACGGGCAGCUUACAUUUUCCCGCU